AUGAAUCUUGAUUUCACUGAAAACAGGAAUAUUUCCAUCCCGUCUUAUUUCUAUAUCAGUGGUUUUUCUGGUAUACCUCACAUAAGAUACUAUUAUAUAUUCUUGUUUUUUGUCUAUAUUAUUUCUUUACUUGGGAACUCCUGCCUCAUGCUUGUCAUUAUUAUAGACCGAAAUCUUCACACUCCUAAAUAUAUUGCUGUCUUUAAUUUAUCACUGACAGACAUUUGUGAAAGCAGCGCUGUGAUCCCUCAGCUACUGGACACGCUUUUGUUUGGGAAUCAGUUGAUCCCGUAUGGAUUGUGCUUGUGCAAUAUGUUCUCUGCCUUUGUAUCUAUUUCAACGCAGUCCUUAACUCUUGCUGUUCUGUCUUUUGACAGAUUAGUAGCGAUUUGUUUACCACUGAGGUAUCAUAUGAUUGUGACCCACAGAUCAAUGCUUGUUAUAAUUGGAAUCACUUGGGCAGUGGUACUUCUUAUGGUGACCACCUCUACAGUUUUUAUCAGCAGGCUUUCUUUCUGCAGAGCUAUUGUCAUUAUAAAUAGUUUCUACUGUGAUCACGGGCCUAUAUAUCGUUCUGCCUGUAGCAACAAUUUCCCAAGCUAUGUGAUAGCUGGUUUGUACCCGGUAUUAAUUCUUGGCUUUCCAGUAGCUUUUAUUAUCUUUUCAUAUACAUGCAUAGCUGUGACAUUGUUCAGAAUCACAACUCCACAAGACCGUCAGAGAGCAACAAAAACAUGUACUGCUCAUUUAAUAUUAGUAGCAAUAUUUUAUGUGCCCAUCACUUUUACAUAUGCUCUUAAUUCCAUUAUAAACACGAACACAAGGAUAAUUAAUCUUUCUCUGACCACUGCACUUCCUCCAAUGCUUAACCCUAUAAUUUACACAUUCAAGACAGAGGAGUUUAUAAUCUCUUUGAAAAGGCUUUUUAAAAGGAGAAUCAUAUUCCCAUUUCCAAAAUAA